AUGAAGCCCCGGUGGCUGUGCUUCUGCCUCCUGGCUCUGGCGACAUGGAGUGCCCGCCGGUCGGGCGCUUACUUCCCGGAGGAGCGCUGGGUGCCCGAAUCCCCGUUGCGGCCUCCGCGCGUCUUGCUGGCCCUGCUCGCCCGCAACGCGGCUCACUCGCUGCCGGCGACGCUGGGCUGCCUGGAGAGGCUCAGCUAUCCCAAGGACCGCAUCGCGCUCUGGGUGGCAACAGAUCACAACAUGGAUAACACAACCGCAGUGCUUCGGGAAUGGCUCAUGAACGUUCAGAGCAUGUAUCACUCAGUGGAGUGGCGGCCCAUGGAUCAUCCCAGGUUCUAUCCAGAUGAAGAAGGCCCCAAAGACUGGUCCACUUCACGCUAUGACUAUAUCAUGAAGCUCCGACAAGCAGCUUUGCAGUCUGCCCGAGACAUUUGGGCCGACUAUAUCCUGUUUGUGGAUGCAGACAAUCUAUUAACAAAUCCUGACACUCUGGGCCUUUUGAUAGCUGAGAACAAGACUGUGGUGGCACCAAUGCUGGACUCGCGAGCAGCCUAUUCAAACUUCUGGUGUGGGAUGACCUCACAGGGCUAUUAUAAGCGCACCCCUGCUUACAUUCCCAUCCGGAAGCGGGAUCGCCGUGGUUGCUUUGCUGUACCCAUGGUGCACUCUACCUUCCUCAUCAACCUACAGAAAGAGGCCUCACAAAACCUUGUUUUCUACCCUCCCCACCCAGAUUAUACCUGGGCUUUUGAUGAUAUCAUCGUCUUUGCAUUUGCCUGCAGACAGGCAGAAGUUCAGAUGUACGUGUGUAACAAAGAAGAAUAUGGUUUCCUCCCGGUGCCUCUACGAUCUCAUGGCACCCUGCGUGAUGAAAUGGAGAGCUUCCUGCAUGUGCAGCUGGAGAUCAUGGUUAAGAACCCUCCAGUGGAACUUUCUCAGUAUUUGUCUCUGCUUCCCAAAAUCCCAGAUAAGAUGGGAUUUGAUGAGGUCUUCAUGAUUAAUCUCAAACGUCGGACAGAUCGACGGGAACGGAUGUUGAAAACCCUCUAUGAGCAGGAGAUAGACUGCAAAAUUGUUGAAGCUGUAGAUGGGAAGGCAAUGAAUAGCAGCCAAGUGGAAGCCAUGGGCAUCAAGAUGUUGCCAGGUUACAAGGACCCAUACCAUGGACGUCCACUCACAAAGGGAGAAUUGGGUUGCUUUCUCAGCCACUAUAAAAUUUGGAAAGAGAUCAUUGAGAGAGGCCUGGAGAAGUCGGUGGUGUUUGAGGACGACCUGCGCUUUGAGAUCUUCUUCAAACGGCGCAUGAUGAACCUCAUGUAUGACUUAGAAGAAGAGGGCCUGGACUGGGAUUUAAUCUACAUUGGACGGAAGCGCAUGCAGGUAGAGCAUCCAGAGAAAGCUGUGCCCCACAUCCGCAAUCUGGUGGAAGCCGACUACUCCUACUGGACACUGGGCUAUGUCAUCUCCCUCCAAGGGGCCAGGAAACUGCUGGAUGCUGAACCCCUCUCCAAAAUGUUGCCAGUGGAUGAGUUUCUUCCAGUCAUGUUUAAAAAACACCCUGUUACUGAAUACAUGGAACAUUUUGACAACCGGAAUUUGCUGGCCUUCUCAGUGGAGCCCCUGCUGGUUUAUCCAACACACUACACAGGGGAUGAUGGCUACAUCAGCGACACCGAGACCUCCGUGGUGUGGAACAAUGAGAACGUCAAAACGGAUUGGGACCGGGCCAAGUCCCAGAAAAUGAAGGAGCAGCAGGAGUUGAGGAAUGAAGCCAGGAACUCAGAUGUGCUCCAGUCCUCACUUGACAGGACAGCCCGGGAUGAGCUAUGACGCCGCGUGGAUGCUGAAGAAGGGGACUGGGAGAGAGACGGUGCAAGGGGAAGCUUUUCUCUUCGUCUCAGGGUUUAAUGGGUUGAUUCUCUCAAAUGCCAACAAUGGGGUUGACAUCACAACCUCCUGGCAGUGCCUAUGGGAAGCCUCAGUCCCUUGCAGCCUGAGGAACCUGAUAUGGAAAUGGUGGCCUCUACUUAGUUCCACCAUCUCCUGCUCUCCUGUUCUGUGCAUGAAUGUGGGGCGGAGGCAGUCUCGCAGUACUCAUUCGAGAAGUUUUAUUCUCUUAAUCGUAGGCCUUUUACACAGACUCCCACGUGUUGGGAGGGGGACAUGUUGAACAGAUGCAGCUCAGCUCAGCUCAGCAGGUUUCGAUGUCAUUACGCUCUGUAUCCGACAAAGACCAUUUCAAUUGGUUUUAAGGCAGUAAAAACAAUUUAGGUUAAUUUUAUAUGAAAGUUCUUCCCAGAACACCUCUUUUCAGAAGAAU